AUGUGUUCUUCUCAGGGUCUACUGACAUUCAUUGAUGUGGCUAUAGAGUUCUCUAAGGAGGAGUGGGAAUGUCUCAAUUCUGCUCAGAAGGCCUUGUACAGAGAUGUCAUGUUGGAGAAUUACAACAACCUGGUUUCUGUGGGUGUUACACUUUCAAAACCAGAGUUAAUCAUCUGUCUUGAACAACAAAAAGAGCCCUGGAUUGUUGAUCGAGAGAAAACAGAAGGAAGAGAACCAGCACUGUCCUGUGGUCAUAACAAGGCACUCUUCCCAAAAGUGUGUAUAGAAGAUUAUUUCCAGAAAGAAAUAACACAACAAUUUGAACAUAAUGACCUUUCAGAUUUACAAAGAAAGAAGUUCUGGGAAUAUAGAGAUGGCAGUGAGAAGCAUAAAAAAUGUCAUCAUGGAAAUUUUGGGUCACUCCCAAUUAUACAGUUAGAGACUGCUCUAAUAAAAUGUUCACAACAAGUUUUGAAAUACAACUCAGUUCUACACACAAAUGUACAACCAUUCAAAAGUGAUAUUUGCAUGAAUAAACUAGAUUUCUGGAAUUAUUUAACAAGUAACACAUUAUUAGACAAUAUUACACCAAGUUAUGAACAAAGAAGAUUUUGGAGACAAGAAAGUACUGAGUAUCAUGAAAGUGAAAAUUAUUUCCCUAAAAAUUUAUUGCAGCUCUGUCAACCAGUAAAUCUUUGUGAUGAGUUCUACAAUUUAGAUCAAUGUAAGAAAAUGACCAUGUAUGCAAUGAAACUUGGAUCAUAUCAUGAGAGAGAUGCUUCUGCAAAUGCAAACAGAUUAUAUGAUAUCAACAUAGUCUAUCAGAACCCAUUAAGGAAGUAUUACCUAAAUAUUCUACAUAGAGGUAUUUUAUACAAAGGAAAUAUCUUACAUGAUUCUCUUCAUGAAAGAAUUACUAGUAAAAAUAAGAUAGGUAAUUCUGUUUCAGAAAUUCAAGACAACCCUGAAAGAAGACAGGCUAUCUCUAAUAACUACUAUCAGUUAUUUUUCCAACUUCUGGAAUACACCACAGAGAAAAUUCACAAAUAUGAUGAUAAUUAUGGUAUUUUAAAUCAAUCCUUAAUACUUCAGUUAUAUAAUGCAAUAUGGAUGAAAGAAGAUGACAGCCGAUACACAUGUGAUGCUUACAUGAAUGCAACAAUUGAAUCAUCAAAAUUACAGAGGGAUAAUAUAAACCAUAUUAACAGAAUUAUUUUCAAGGACCUAACAUGUGAAAAAUUCUUGAAUUUUUAUAAAUAUAUAUUUCCACAUGUUUCAGGUCAUAAAGGAGAAGGCACUCAGAAAGGCAAAGUAUUUACCCAGACCCCAAAUAUUCAAGCUCACCAAAGUAUCCAUAAAAGAGACAAACCUUACAAAUGUAAAGAAUGUGGAAAAUCUUUCUCCUGUUUCUCAAGGCUUAAAGUUCACCACAGAAACCAUACUGGAGACAAACCUUACAAAUGUAAUGAAUGUGGAAGAUCCUUCUCCCAUUCCUCAAGUCUUAGAGUUCACCACAGAAUCCAUACAGGAGACAAACCUUACAAAUGUAAUGAAUGUGGAAGAUCCUUCUCCCAUUCCUCAAGUCUUAGAGUUCACCACAGAAUCCAUACAGGAGACAAGCCUUACAAAUGUAAUAAGUGUGGUAAAUCAUUUACACAGUCCUCAGAUCUUAAAAUUCACUACAGACUCCAUACUGGAGACAAACCUUACAAAUGUAAUAAGUGUGCUAAAUCAUUUACGCAGUCCUCACAACUUCAUACUCACUACAGAAUCCAUACUGGUGAGAAACCUUACAAAUGUCAUGAAUGUGGGAGAUCCUUCACCUAUUCCUCAAGUCUUAGAAUUCACCACAGAAUUCAUACAGGAGACAAACCUUACAAGUGUAAUAAGUGUGGUAAAUCAUUUACAACGUCCUCACAACUUCAUGCUCACUACAGAAUUCAUACUGGAGACAAACCUUACAAAUGUACUGAAUGUGGGAAGUCUUUCACUCACUCUUCAAAUCUUAAAGAUCACCACAGCAUCCAUACUGGAGACAAACGUUACAAAUGUACUGAAUGUGGGAAGUCUUUCACCAGUUCUUCAUAUCUUAAAGUUCACCACAGCAUCCAUACUGGAGACAAAUCUUACAAAUGUAGUGAAUGCGGAAAAUCUUUUGCCCAUUCCUCAAGUCUUAGAAAUCACCACAGAAUCCAUACAGGAGACAAGCUUUACAAAUGUAAUAAGUGUGGUAAAUCAUUUACACAGUCCUCACAACUUCAGAUUCACUAUAGAAUUCAUACUGGUGAGAAACCUUUCAAAUGUACUGAAUGUGAGAAAUCCUUCAAACAGUCCUCAUAUCUUAAAAUUCACUACAGAAUUCAUACUGGAGACAAACCUUACAAAUGUACUGAAUGUGGGAAGUCUUUCACCCGUUCUUCAUAUCUUAAAGUUCACCACCGCAUCCAUACUGGAGACAAACCUUACAAAUGCAGUGAAUGCGGAAAAUCUUUUGCCCAUUCCUCAAGUCUUAGAAAUCACCACAGAAUCCAUACAGGAGACAAGCUUUACAAAUGUAAUAAGUGUGGUAAAUCAUUUACACAGUCCUCACAACUUCAUGUUCACUACAGAAUCCAUACUGGAGAGAAACCUUACAAAUUCAAUGAAUGUGGGAAAUCCUUCACCCGUUCUUCCAGUCUUAGAGAUCACCACAGCAUCCAUAAUAGAGACACAUCCUACAAAAGUAAGAAGUGUGGUAAAUCAUUUACACAGUCCUCACAUCUUUUCAUUCAGUAUAGAAUUCCUACUGAAGAGGAAUUACAUUACAAAUGUAAUGAAUGUGGGAAUUCUUUCACCCAUGCCUACAGUCUCAGAGUUUACCACAGAAUCCAUGUAGGACACACACCUUAG